AAGACGGGACUAGACCCGAACGAGCUGCAAGGCAUCAUCCCGCGCGCGUGCAUGGACCUGUUUGACGGCCUCCGUGCGAAGCGCGCCAAGGACUCCGACUUCACGUACCGCGUGGAGGUGUCGUACUACGAGAUCUACAACGAGAAGGUGUUCGACCUUAUCCGGCCGCAGCGCAACACGGACCUGAGAAUUCGUAACUCGCCCAACUCCGGCCCGUUCAUCGAAGGGCUGACGUGGAAGAUGGUGUCCAGGGAAGAGGACGUCGCCCGCGUGAUUCGCAAGGGCAUGCAGGAGCGCCACACGGCUGCGACGAAGUUCAACGACCGCAGCAGCCGCAGCCACGCCAUCCUGACCUUCAACAUUGUGCAGCUGUCGAUGGACGACUCCGACAACGCGUUCCAGAUGCGCAGCAAGCUGAACCUGGUGGACCUUGCGGGGUCUGAGCGCACCGGCGCCGCUGGAGCCGAGGGCGAUGAGUUCCACGACGGGGUGAAGAUCAACCAGUCGCUCACGGUGCUGGGCCGCGUGAUUGACCGUCUGGCGGACCUGUCGCAGAACAAGGGGGGCGGCCUUAGCAUUCCGUACCGCGACUCGAACCUGACGUGGGUGCUGAGCGACUCGAUUGGCGGCAACAGCCAGACCUCGAUGGUGGCCACCAUCUCGCCGCACUCGAUCAACUUCGACGAGAUGCGCCAGACCAUCAUGUACGCAUGCCGUGCGCAGCAGGUUCUCAACAAGGCGCGCCGCAACGUGGAUCCAAUGAUCAUGCAGCUUCGCGAGCUGCGCGCGCAGGUGGCGGACCUGGAGCUGCGGCUGAAGGAGGCGGGUGGCAGCAACUACACGAACGAGCACGUGCGCGGAUUAGAAAAACGCAUAAAGGACCUCGAGUGGCAGUGUGGUGAGCAGGAGCGCAUCAUCAGUCAGCUACGUGCGGAACUGGAGAGUGCCGGCAUCGCUGAUCCAACGCUGAUCGGGAAGCCCUCGGCGCGCGGGGGAGCGGGUGCUGCAGGUGCGGAAGGCGGGUCUGCUGGUGCGGGCGAGGGGCAGGGCAGCGUGAGUGCCACGACCUACCGCCGUACCAACGAGCAGCUGCAGUCGGAGUUGACAUCGGCGAACAUGGAGAUUGUGCGGCUGCAGAGACAGUUGCUGGAGUCUGAGAGGACGAAGUCCGGCAAGCUUGAUGUAGACGCUGAAAGCACUAUUGCGAAGCUCCAGGCCAAGUGCGACCUCUACCGCAGCACCUUUCAUGACUGGGAGGUACAUCUGAAUCACUACAACGCAUACCAUUGGCGGUGGUCCACCGACUACCUCUUUGGCGCCUUCGAGGACAAAAUGAACGUACUGAUCCGUCAGUGCCAGAAUUUGAUGAUGGACAAGGACGCCUAUGUGAUGGACACGCUGAGUCGCGGCGAGAGUGAGCAACUUCGUGAGACGGCUAAGAUUCAGCGGCAGCACCUCGCCGAAAUAUCUGCGCUGACGGCGCAAUACCGAGAAGCGAUAGAGAAAGUGAAGAAGGAGUACGCAGAGAGAGAGGAAGAGCGGGCGAAACGGCAGAAGGGGGCGUCGAGCAACUCCGAGUCACGCAUGCAAGCCACACGAGAUACCUUCGAGCAGGAGAAGCGCCGCUGGGUGCAGGAGCGGGAGAACAUGAAGCUUAGCUACGAAGAGAAGCUGGCGACUGUGCGUGCUGAGUACCAGGAUGAUCUGAAGCGGUUGCGGGAAUCGCUGGCGUCGACGACCAGUGAUCGCCAGCGCCAGGGUCUCUCUCUGCAGGAGCUGCAGGAGCGUCACGAAGCGGAAAUGAAAAACAUCGAGCAGGACAUGGCGCGGGAGCGUAAGCGACACGAGGCGGAGCUGGCGAUGCUAAAGAAGCAAAUGAGCACCGAGCUGUCGCGCAAGGAGGAGCAGAUCACCGCGCGUGAUACGCAGGCACAAAGAACGGAAGAAGAAGCGGCGAAGCUGCGCCGCGACAACUUGAAGCUACAGACCGAUAUGCGAGCCAAGGAGCGACAGCUGAACACCGAGAUCAAAGACCUCCUUCUGAAGCAGGAGAACAUGAUCGCUGUGCUGACCACCAUUAUAGGCAACUACGAAAAGAACCCAACGAACCUCAAGGAGGACAUCGAGGCCCUGCGUGCCUUCGUUAGCGACAAGGACUACGCGGCCUUCCGUGCCAAAGCAAAGGAGAUGGCAUUCCGUGACCCGGCCAGCCGACGGCCGUCGGCGUCGAUGCGGAACCCCGGCUCCGUCGACGAGCAGCUCAGCCGCGAAAUGGAUGGGAUUCGUAGCGCCAUCGAGCACAUGCGCAAGACCCGUAGAGAUCAGCAGGCGAACCUGCAGCAGGUGCAGCAGCACGUGUACGAGCAGCUCUCGCGCAGCCGUGGCUUCCAGCCUAGCGAAGAGGUGAACGAGAGGUUGCACGAUGCUAACACGGCCACUCAAAAUGGCAAGAAGCCUGUGUAG